UACCCUGCAGAGCCCAACACGGCUGCGGCCGCGCACCACCAUCUCCUCCUCGCCGCGCCUCCACCCCGAGCAACCAACCCCCCCUGCCUCCUCUAUAUAACACGCCGCCUCGCCACCUCACCAGAAAAUUCCCCACACGCGCCCACCCUCCUCCCCCUCUCUUUCCACCCCUCUGCGUCCGUGCGCUGUGUUGUUGGGGGGCAAUGGCUGGCGGGCGGGAGCUGGUGGUGAGUUUCGGGGAGAUGCUGAUAGACUUCGUGCCGACGGUGGCGGGGGUGUCGCUCGCGGAGGCGCCGGCCUUCCUCAAGGCCCCCGGGGGCGCGCCAGCCAACGUCGCCAUCGCCGUCUCGCGCCUCGGCGGCGGGGCCGCCUUCGUCGGCAAGCUCGGCGACGACGAGUUCGGCCGCAUGCUCGCGGCCAUCCUCCGCGACAACGGCGUCGACGACGGCGGCGUCGUCUUCGACGCGGGCGCGCGCACCGCGCUCGCCUUCGUCACCCUGCGCGCCGACGGGGAGCGCGAGUUCAUGUUCUACCGCAACCCCAGCGCCGACAUGCUCCUCACCGCCGCCGAGCUCAACGUCGAGCUCAUCAAGAGGGCUGCAGUCUUUCACUACGGAUCAAUAAGCUUGAUUGCUGAGCCUUGCCGGUCAGCACAUCUCCGUGCGAUGGAGAUUGCCAAAGAGGCCGGUGCACUGCUCUCUUAUGACCCAAACCUGAGGGAGGCAUUGUGGCCAUCCCGUGAGGAGGCCCGCACCAAGAUCUUGAGUAUCUGGGACCAGGCAGACAUUGUCAAGGUCAGCGAAGUCGAGCUUGAGUUCUUGACAGGCAUUGACUCAGUGGAGGAUGAUGUUGUCAUGAAGCUGUGGCGGCCUACCAUGAAGCUGCUCCUGGUGACUCUUGGAGAUCAAGGAUGCAAGUACUAUGCCAGGGAUUUCCGUGGAGCUGUCCCUUCCUUCAAAGUACAGCAAGUUGAUACAACAGGUGCAGGUGAUGCAUUCGUUGGUGCUCUGCUCCGAAAGAUCGUCCAAGAUCCAUCCUCUCUACAAGAUCAGAAGAAGCUUGAGGAGGCGAUUAAAUUCGCCAAUGCGUGUGGAGCAAUCACCACCACGAAGAAAGGGGCGAUCCCGUCACUGCCUGCUGAAACUGAGGUCUUGCAGCUAAUAGCGAAGGCAUAGGUCACCCUGUUUGCUAUGGUUUUCACUAGCUUCGACUUCUGCAAAUUGUAUUGUAUGCUGAUAUCGAUCGGAAGAAAAGCGGGUGCUCCGAGACACCAGCCCUUUUUGUUUGCCCUACUUCCCUUCUUGAAAGGGUGUUUUGUUUCUAGUUCUAGAAUUCUACUUGCAAUAAGCAGAGCCUUUUAUAUCACAGUGCAUUUGAUACGGUCAAGUAAUGAAUUCAUAAUUGUAGCAUUUUUUUUCCUUCAAAAUUUCGUUGAAUUCUUGUUCCAGUGGUGUAUGAAUUUCCUUUGGGGUUCCAUAUGCAAUGUGAUAUUUGCUCCGGAUAA